AUGCAAGAAACGACCAACCAAGCGAAGCCCACCCCCACCCGUCGCCGAGGUCGCGGUGGCGGCGGCGGCGGCGGCAAGCCAGCUGGGCAGAAGAUGUACGCAUCUGAGAACGACAUGGCCAACGUCUCCAGUCUGGCCUAUGAUCAGUUUGGCCCUCACACUCCUCAGAAGUCUUACUCCGGUUCCCCUGACCCGCAGUCGGCCACGGGAAAUCAGAACGGCUCCAAGCAGCGCUCUCGCAACAAGCCGCGAGCCAAGCACCCAAACCCUGCAGCUUCGCCGGACUACACCCGCCAGAACCGCCGUUCGACACCACAAACCAUACCCGUGAAUAACAAGCCGAGCUCUGCUACUGCCUUUGCUGGCGCAACCUUCCACGCCUCACCCGCCCCCUCCGCCUUGCCCAUGCCCAGCUUCUACUCCAAGUCGAUUCCCGAGUCUCCGGGAAACCCAGGAAUUGGGGGCGAGGUUCGACAACAGCCUUCACCUCCCGCAACGGACCAAGAGGCAGCGACGCCCCAACACCCGUCUACUGCGCCCGUUGCCCGCGAGUCGCCUCUUGACGCCAUCUUCAGGGCAGACAGGGCCGAGAAGGAGAAGGCCCGACGAGCAAGCUCUCUCCAUGCGUCAGCUCGUCCUAAUGGCCCAGUGUCGCCGCCGGUUCCUUCGCCAAGGGACAGCCCUUUCGCCGCGAAACCUCACAACACCCACCCGGGGCAUCGUAUGCCCUUCCAUCGAUCGUCAAGCGGCAUCUCGUCAGCCGAACUCGACGGCUUCCCCUGCAAGCCCCUUGGUCCUGCAUUUUCCACCCCGUACCAGGACCGCAUUCGGGCUGCUCAUCCAGCUCCCAACCAACCGUCUACUCCGAGGUCGGAUAACUCUCCCUCCGAAGAUCGCUCCGAGGCUUUGAAGAAGUACUUGUUCGGAGGCAAGGGCGUGGCAGCAUCCCCCCAAUCUACGCCUCCCGCGCUCUCGACUUCGCAUGCUAACAACGGCAUCUCGGGACGAAGGCCCCCUGUUGAAGAAGCUCGGCCCUCUUCUGACUUGCGUGCCAUGGAGGACAAUCUUCGACGCAUUCUCAAACUUGAUUCCCCUUUAGCAGCCGCCAAGUCGGGUGAACGUCCUUUGUAUUCUUAA